CGCUGUGAGGGAGGUUCGGUACUUUGCUCUCCUCCUCCCCGCACACAAAUACCGUACAAAGAAAUCGGUUGCGCGGGACAAGAACGAACAGACCAAGCACAUCGGACACUUUACGCGACAUGCUGUCGAUGCUGCAGGAAGCCUCGGCGGGUAAAGGCCGCCGAGCGUCUGCGUGGAGGAGCGUCAAGUUCGAGGCUUUCAGCGCGAGCCUGAGUUGCAGCCGUCUUCGGCGAAUUCAGGCGCUCCUGAAUUACAGCAGCAAGCAAAAAUCUGAUGGAAUUCUUUGCAUUCUGGGUAUUGACAGCAGGUAUAAUGAGGGCUGUAGAGAACUGGCAAAUUAUCUGCUGUUCGAUCUGUAUAAUUUGACUAACAUUGAUUCUGAUGUUACUGAUUUGCCAGAAGAAGUGCUUGAUGAUGUAAUCCUACUGAUAAAGCCUGAGAGUGUUCAUCUAUAUUGCAACCCAAUAAAUUAUAACUAUCUUCUGCCUUAUGUGGUAUAUUGGAAAAAUCUACACCUUCAUUGUUUGACAGAAAAAGAAUAUGAAGAUGAAGAGAUGGCAGAAGAAUUUAAAAUUACCAGCUUUGUCAAUAUGGUACAAGACUGUAGCCGAAUUCAAGUUCCAUACAGUUUUCAGGGCCAUGUUCAGAAGUUUGACAUGUUCAUUGUUGAGAAGUGGCCCAUUGUACAAGCAUUUGCCCUGGAAGGAAUUGGAGGAGGGGAGUUUUUUACAAUGAAACAUGAGCUGUUUGAUGCUAGUGAGGAACUUUGGCAAGUGUAUAGCAGCUUGGAUCCAGUUUCUCUGGAAGUCUUGAUCACUGAGGAUUUGACAGCAUUUGAAAAACAGUGGGACAGCUUCUUUUCUAACUUUGAGAAUUCUUCCUCAAUACUGGAACUUUCAGAAGCACAAGCUGGAGAGCCACUUGCCUCCAGAUAUACCUCAUAUAGCUGGAAGAGCAGACAAAUGGGCUGCAAGCUUCUUCCUGGCUUUCAACGCCAGUGCUCUUUCAUGGAUCAAGUAGCAGGAGGCAUGAUGCCUUUUAGAACCUACUUCAGCCAUGGGUUGAUAACAAGUCAAGUUACAGAUAAAAGUUCCUUAUUCAGCACUCAUCAGCAGCCUUUUGUUCUCUUUGGUUGUCACUCAACGAAAGAAAACUUGAACUCAUACAGCUUCACGUUUCCGUCUGAAGGUCACCUUGUUAGAAACACAAACAACAGAGGAGGCACUGCCAGGCAUAUGGUUGUGCAGUGUACAUCUACCAGAGGACCUUUGGCAUGCUCAAGGACGUACUUCUUUGGAAACACUCAUGUACCUUACAUGGCCAAAGACAACAAUCAACGGAAAACUGAUGAGCUAUUGGUGCUGCCACAGAUUUACUUUGCUGUAGUAGAAGCAGUGUUGGCUAGCAUUCAAUGCUACGUAGAAACUCCCAGCAUAAAAAUGGCCAAAGAAAUGGCUGAAGAUGUUUUUCUCUCAACAUUGGAUUGUUAUGGUCUUGGUCACUAUAAAGCUAUCCUAAGAUCAAAAUUGUCCUUUCAGAUUGAAGCUGUGAAUAGCCAGGCAAGAAUCAUCCCAUUGGAAAGCCAUUUAAGCAAAUUCCUCAUUAAAACCGCAUCAAUGACUGUUUAUGACAUUCCAGAUCUAACAGGAGCAAAAGGGACUCUAGGAUCAAUAGUUUUCUCUGAAUCAUUCAUAGAAUCUAAGAUAUUUGUGAAAGAAAAGGAUGGCUCUAUGUCUACAGACAGCAGCUACCUGAUUCUGUCAGCAACUGUGCCUCGAUACAUUUCUUGGAUGGUUGAAGAUGCUGAGGUGAAACUGUCAGAAGAAGCACAGCAGAUACUAAAGCUAGAAAAACAUUUAUUGGGUGCCUUGCUCUUAGGAGGAGACUCUGCUUAUCUUUAUUCUGGCAGUCCAGUUGCUAGACCAGAAGAAGGUAAACUGUUCAUCUUUUCUGAAGGCAUCUUAUUUAUUCAUCCUCGCUCUGGAAGCAUGACAAUUUCAAAGAAUCAUGUGGCUGCGUUGAAGUAUUAUGAUGGGAAUUCUCCAGGUGUGGUUGCUAUCCUUAUCAUUGAAUACAAGAAAUCGUUGCUUCCCCAUCUGCCCAUUCAUUUACACACAGCCUCAAAUUGCCUAAUGUUUGCACUUAUGCCAGGCUCGAAACUUUAUAAAUCCUUUUACUCCCAGGUGAUGUCUACAUGGCAAAAGAUGGGAAAAUCUGGAAUUGCACUGAAGGUCUGUCAGAGGGACCAAUUAUCGGAGGAACAGAAAAAAUUACAUUGCAAUCUGGAAAAGGUUUAUGAAGUCCAAUCCAGAGCAAGAGAUGAAGGAUGGAGCCAUUUAAAAAGAUUCAGUGCUGAUAUACCAGGACUUGAUGAGUUUUUACAGCAUUUUGCUGUAAGUAGUGUGAGCCAUGAGCCAGUCAGAAGAUUUGAUCUGCCUAUAUUGCUACAGGAGCCAACUUUGUCGUCUUCAGUAGGCGAAGAUCAGAAAAAGAUUGUGAUCACAAUUAUUGCAGGACUGCCUGGCAGUUACAAAGAAGAACUUUGUACUUAUAUUGUUAACCUGAGUCAAGAACAUGGAAGGUGGUCAGUUUACCGACAGAUGCCAGAUAAUUGUGAGCCAUUCAGUUACAGUCAGAUCCACCGUUUUCUUUCAAGUGUUCUAGAAGCACAGAGAAAUAGAACUGUUCGCCAGUCUGUGUACUCACGAAAGAAAGUGAGAUUACUGAUUGUCACACCAGGAUACACGGAUGUGAUUGAUGUUGUGCAAGCUAUCCAGAUGCAUCCAGACCCUGAGGUUCAGUCUUCAUUUGUCAUUGGUGCUGUCACCACCUGCAUUGACCCACAGUGCUCAACUAUGGAACACAGGUUACUUUUCCCAAAGCUUUUGGAUCAUUGCUCUCAAGGAGUGGUUAGUAAUGUAGUUUUCACAAGCUUGACCUCCGAGCAAAGGCAUCCGCUCUUGGUGCAUCUGCAGAAGUUGAUUCGUGCAGCAAACCCCAGAGUUGCAUUCAUUCUAGCAGAAAAGGGAGCAGUGACAAGGAAUGCUGAUAUUGAAAUGAUUCUGUCUGAAAGCAGUUUCUCAGAACCCUUCAUGUUGAGAACACGUUAUUUGACGUUUCCUGGCUGGUGGAAUGGCAAAUUCAGAUCAGGACCAGUUUUCCCACAAAUGACUCAGAUCUGCAUUCGGUUCAACCGUCCACUUGAUAAGGCCCGAUUUGUGACUAAGUGUAAAGCACUGAGGAACACGUUGAAAUCAAGUCCUUUCUGUGGAAAUGUUUAUCAUAUUCAAGCACAGCUGAAAUUUUCAGAUUCUGAAAAAACAUUUGAAAUUUGCCACAACACCCAGACUAAUAUAUUCUCUGCACAACCCUUGGAAGACGGCCCUUCACCACCUCCUUUGCAAGGUGAUGGGAGGACUAAUGGGAAGAUUCUUGAUUAUUUUGUUGUAUUCAUUGGCUGCAUGCUAAAAGAGGAGACAAUGAAAGACUGGCUGCGACAGUGCGCAAGACAGAAACUACUGAAGAAGCCUUUCAGGACAUUAGAAACCCUCACCAAGCAAGAAAUUAAAAAUAUCCAUGUGAAACGUCAUUUAGAGCUACCGCCACCUGGUUGGUUUUAUAAUGGGAACCAGUUUGUAAACUUCUUUGGUGAGAAGAGAGACUAUCAUCCAUUGAUGGACACAUUCAUAGAAGAUUACCUGUCCGAGGUCAACAAAGACAUUGAGAAAUACAAUGCAGAAAUUGAAAAACAAGAGAGUCAAGAUCUCUUUGAACCGUAAAUAUUGGUAUAGUCUGAUGUGCAUUAUAUUCAACAGCACAACAGAUCACUGAUAAAUGAACAAGUUGUUCAAAGCUGAAUUAGAUCGGUAAAACACCAAGCUUUUUCCUUGUGCAUUGAUGUGUCUUAAAAUGUUACUAAAAAGUUUCAAGUAAGAAACCUGUAGGAAUUUACAAAUGUUUAUACCGCCAAUCAAAUGUUCAGAUGGAGUUUUCCAUUGUUCAUAUAACUGUUGAGGGCAAGCUGCAAAGGGAAUUAGAAUUGAUGAAAUUCCCAGUUCAGCUUUACACAAGGGGUCACAUUUAACCCAACAAAAUAUAAAACUCGACACUUUAUUAAAGUUUCAAGCUGCUUGAAAUGAACACAGCUUGACCAACAAGUUAUUUGCAUUUUUUCAAUUUGUUUUUUUUUUGUGAUUCUGGAAUUAGAAUUGUGUCUGAUCUUCGCAGUCUUAUAAUUUGUGAAAGAUAAGGUGGCACAAUUACUCCACAUGACUGGUCCAUGUAAUUUAGUACAAAAUCCUCCAUAAAUUCUUUAGUUCAUAAGAGAAUUAACAAAGUUGUAAGUCGUAGUUUGGCAACGGUGUCUGUAGAUCAUAAGCUUGACUAAACAAUAAGGCAUGUUUUGCUUCAGCUAUUGUCUACAGUUUUAGCACCAUAUUCAUGAACCUUUGUGUCAUAUGGGAAAGAGUAUUGAAUUGGCAUGUUAAAUUUAAAGUCCUAUGUGAUUUGUUUUUUGAUCAAAGUAUUUUUAUUAACAAAGAAAAAUAGCAUUUGCACAUAACAGUGCAAAAUUGUCUGCAUCUUCCACUUUACUUCUAUCUCAUCUUGCCCAACACUCAGGUGUUAUGGCCAAAAAUGAUUAGUUUAUGCUGGGAAAGUAAAUGAAAGAGGUUGGUGAAAUGGAUUAUCUUAGUGUGGAGGUAAUGUUGAUCAGAUUUUUUUUUGGCUAGCAACCAGUUAUUCUGUUGAAUAAGGUUUAGAAUAUAUUAAUAACAACUAAUAGCUGUAUUUCUAUUCACAGUUCAGAACUUCUCCUAGCUUUUGGAAUCCCUGGAAGUGUAGUAACUUGUAAAAUUCUUUAAAAGAUAAUUUUCCCCAUAUAUAACAUGUUAUUUAUGAAGCAUGAAAUAAUGGUGGAACAAAGCAAAUGCUAGAUUUCAUGAACUUUACAUACAGAGAGAUAGAAAUUGGACAAGCAACUAGAGAAACCAGGUACAGAUAAGCAAUUGGAUUGGUGAAAUAACAAAUAUUUCAAAGUCAUGUGAAAAUUAUGUUUCUGACCUAUUCUCUGCAAGUAAUAUGAAUAGUAUUGUGGAUAGUGGCCAUUUCAGCUGCAAAUGAGGUAUUCAGGCUAAUUUGUUCAACUUUGUUCUAUAUUUACACAAUUCCUUUAAAAAUGUGAAAAAAGAAAAUGUUUUGGCUGCACUUUGUAUUUUGUAGCUUACGUAAGUCAGCUACACUAAUCUAGUUAGCAUUUUGGUUCCCACAGUUUGGAGUUUACAAAGUCUAAUAUUUGUUCCUAAGCAAGCCCUAAUCUGUUCUAGAUGAAGCUUGUAAAACUGCUAUGCAUCGUGUCAGAUAAUGCACUUAAGUACUGAUGGUACUCCACGGGUGAGUAACAUGACUACAUCAUGUAGCCUGAUACUCUGUCUGCAACAGUGGUUUUAUUCAUUUAUUUGGCUCAGCUGUACACAGUUAAGUUUUGAUUAGAACUAUACAAGUAGACAGAGCAUUACCUUCCAUUUUAAUCCCAGAAUCAAACAGCUGACAUUUAUUACUGGAAAGUUUGAUAAAUAUACGGGAUUUUUAAAGCUUUGCCGGUUCGGUAAGUAAUUAUGGAUAGAUUUUGAAAUAAUACAAGAAUUAAUUGAUCUUUUAGCUAACACCGGAGUCCAAGAAUUAAGAUGUAAACUGAUCCAUCUGGACCACAUAUUUCCCUUAAUCUAAAAUAUUUACCAUACAGGGAAUAAGUAUUACAUUUUAUUUAUCCUUUUUAUUGCUUAAAUAGAUAAUGAGUCUUCCUGAAUUCAAUAUGCAUCUGACUCUGGGUGGGCUUGGGCUCUUGAUUAUGCAUGUAAAUCAUCUAUAUGCAUGAAAGAGUGUAAAUUACGCAAAUCUUAAUUUAAAAAGUAAGCACAUUCAAGGGGAAUGGCUAUCAGUGUAGGAUCAUGCUGCCACUUGCUUUAAUAUUCUAGAUGAGGGUACCAAAAAUGUGCAAAGACUUGGUUACAGACCGUCAUUGGUCUUCCUUAAGUCAGGACACUUAAAUAUAAGUGAAGUGCUGCUCCUUCAGUAUUUUGUUAAUUUAAAUGAAAUGCCAGCCAAGUAACUUUUCCAUAAAAUUUAGAAUAUGUAUAGGAUGUGCAAUUUUAAAUUAGGUAACAGUUGACUCCCAAUUGCUCUAGAAAUUUCAAACAUUAAAUCACUUAAUAAAAAAUAUUCCCUCAUCUGUUAAGUUGGAAUGCUGCACCGCAAUUCUCGAAGAGACUGUGUUACUCCGCUGUGGUGUAGCCUUCCAUACUUUAACAUUAAAAAAAAGUUCACGUAACCAAGGUUAACGCAAAUUUUAGCAUAGAUGAUAGCAUGCCUAUCACUAACAUAUAGUCAAUAACUUAGGUACUCGGUAUUCUUCAUGUUUUGCUGCAUCAAUACGAUGAAGAAUGCUUCCAGCUUUGUUUCUAAAUAUAUAUUGGUACAAUAAAGGUUAAUUAAUGUCAAUGGAGAACUAAGCAGAGGGAGCAUUUUGUCAGCAUAAUAAGUGAAUGGCAGUUUAUCAGUCCAAGCAGUUCAUAGUUAGAUUUAAAAGUAGGUGACUGUAGAAAUGUUUUGUAGCCUUCCCCAAAAAGUAGACUUUACAGCUAUGCUGUGUUAAUAUUUAGAUGGGUUUGUGUGUUUGUUUAGCACUAUAGCCACAUUUAUUAUUAACUUGCUGGGACAGCAAAAAAAAAAGUAGUUUUUGUGAGUUGUGAUGGAUGACUUCAACAGUUGUAAACUGAGAUGCACUGUAAAAAAAAGCAAAAAUAUUUUUAAAGCUUUACACUGUUUUCUAGGUUGAAGCUAUAAAAUGACAGCUUCACCAUGAUUUGCGGAGGGAUGUAUGUCAUCAUUAAUUGGAGAAGUAAAUACCAUGCAGGAUAAUUAAGACUAUCCAGAAGAGAUCAUUACCAUGCUGUAAUAAAUCAAUUAUAUGAUUUAAUCUAAAUUUUGGGUUCAUCAAAAUAGAGGCAUGGGAUCAGUCAAGUUCACAGUUGAAAACAGAUGUAUGAUUUUACAGGGUUUUGGAAAGGUCGUCGAUCAUAAUCAAAUGAAUAGUUAAGAUGCUUACACUAAAAUGGAGUCUUAUAUUAGGCUACAUUAACAUGUUAGUUUAACAUCAAUGACUACUGUGAUGAUAGAGGCUAGAAGAUGGUUGGUACAUUAUAUAGCCAGCAAUUGUAUUUUGUAGCAUAUUAAAAAUAGAUUCACUGUGAACUUUUUCACCACACUUAGUCCUUUACCAGUAAGAAAAAUUAUGAAUGCUCCAUAUUUAGGCUGUUGGUUAGUUUCCUGCAGCAUAAAAUUGCAAGACGUUCUUACCUGUACUCCUACAAGUGCAAGAUAAGUUAUUGUAAGUUCUAUUUAUGGUCUAUCAAUUAAUUAAUGGUAACUUAAAAGAAGACUAAUGUGCAUGAUAUGUCAAAUCAUAUUUGCAUUAUAGGAGACAGGAACCCAUUUACAAUUCAACUCAGAAUACCAGAAGCCCAUAUGCAAGCACUAUUAGCAUGUUGGAACAUCCAUAGAUAUAUAUGGUAUAAUUUUAAUGUAACAGACUUUUUCUAAAAUCUCAUUUGAUAUCUAAAGGAUUUUUAAUCCUUGGAUAUUUGAAUGGGAAGUUAUUUUUUAAAAAAGUGUAAGAUGUAUUAGCAGGUGUUUUGAUAAAAGAUGACUGGGUGAUUUUUUUACUCACAAUUAAAACCAAAGUAAGAUUCGUAGUCUGGAGAUAUUUUGGACUUCUGUAGUUUCUGAGGUUAUUGGAUGUUUCUGUAAGAUAAUUGAAUUCAAAGCUCCAUUGAAGUAAUUGGAUCCUUCAAUUACUUAAAGAAACAUUUUCUUUCAUUGAGAUGCUUUACAUUUCUGGGCCUCAGUAAAUUGAAAUUUAAGGCUUGCUAUUAAAAGGCUGGUGUUGGUGAAAGGGACUUGAUAUCAAAGGAACAGAGUAUUAAAGAAAAUCUAAAUGCCAAGCAGGUGUUAUGAUGUUAAACUAUUAGCAGGCCUUAACAGUGUGCUUGCAUUUUUAUUGUUGAAAGAGUGUCUUGUACUGGUCGCUGAAGUUACGGGACAUAUUUGUUGAUAGGGACACUGCAACUUAAAUUACCCUACAUUCCCUUAACCUGAGGGUUAAUUUAAGUAAUUGUUUAAUUGUUCCUAUUUGGAAUUCUAAUAGUAUUUGCACAUAAUUAAUUCAAUUAAAGAAUUGGUAUUCAGAUAAAAGGGAGCAAUUUUAUUUGUUGAUUACUGACUUUACUGUAAUUUGCUACAACUUGUGAUGUGAUUUUAAAUAUCAGAUUGUUAACAAAAUAACUUACCUCAUAACAUAAAUUGAAAGAUACAAUGGAUUUUUAGGCAAUUACUUGUUAAAUUUUUCAAAAGUAUUUCUUCAUAUAAAUGAAGAGUCAAUUCAGGAAUUUAUUUGUCUGACUUGAAAGUGUGCCAAAUUUAUCAUUUUCAUACUAACUUUAACCACUUUAGUUUGUUUUUGGAUGGGAGUAAUGUCUUUAAAUUAAAAACAUUGAAUUAUAUUUGCACAACACUACUGUAACUUCAGUUAAACUGGUUUUGUGUGUGACUGAAGCUUUUUUGCAUAUCUUGUAUUUAUUACACUGCAAAAAUAUAAUUAAUCCAAUAAAGUGUAUAGGAUAAUGAUUAGUUUUUCCAUUUAUUUUUGUAUUUGUUCAUGUGUUUUUACCUGUAGUUGUGUGAUGUUUUGCAAUUUUUCACAUAAUUUCCAGCAAUUGCUUUCCAAUUCAACAUUCAAUAAAGUUUAUGUUUCA